UGCUGUCACAACGAUAAACAAGUUAUUUGAGCAAGAUAUAAUUUUUUGUAUCUAAACAUUCUGGUAUACGUUGAAACAAGUGGGCAUCCGAUGACGGUGUAAUGACUAUUAAGUGACUCGUGUACGUAUUCUGCUUUUCAAUAAUUGAAUUUGUGUUAUACGACAGCAAACUAUAUAAGUGUAGGUAAAAUUCUUUAUUCUGUAGCCUACUCAAUCAGAAUACAUUUACCUUUAAUUAGAGAUUAAAAUUGUAACAGCCGUUAACUUCACUCGUGCUUCAACUAUCAUUAACGAAUUAUUUAUUAGAAAAUGGAAGAAAUAAAUAAUUCUAUUGAAGCUGGUCAUGCAGUGCCAAUUGUUAUAGCUGAAGAAAAGCAUCAAUUUAUAUUAGAUGAAGGAGCACUUGAAAAAAUCCUUUUAAAAGAUGAUGUAAAAGAUAGAAAUGUUGUUGUUGUUUCAGUUGCUGGAGCCUUCCGUAAAGGGAAGUCAUUCUUGUUAGAUUUCUUCCUUCGUUACAUGAGAGCAACUUACCAUUUGAACCUUAUUAAAGAAGAUAGCCAUUGGAUUGGUUCAGAUGAUAUGCCGUUAGAAGGAUUUUCUUGGCGAGGUGGUUCAGAAAGAGAUACUACUGGGAUUCUUAUGUGGUCAGAAGUGUUUAAAGCUACUCUACAAAAUGGUGAAAAAGUAGCUAUUAUACUUCUUGAUACUCAAGGUACAUUUGAUAGUGAAAGUACUGUUAAAGAUAAUGCAACUGUAUUUGCAUUAAGCACUAUGCUUAGUUCUAUUCAAAUUUAUAAUUUAUCUCAAAAUAUACAAGAGGAUGAUCUUCAACAUUUACAAUUAUUUACGGAAUAUGGGCGCUUAGCAUUGGAAGACACUGGUAAAAAGCCUUUUCAAAAAUUACAAUUUCUUGUAAGAGAUUGGAGUUUUCCAUAUGAAGCGGAGUAUGGAGCUGAUGGUGGACAAAAAAUGUUACAAAGAAGACUACAGAUAUCAGAUAAACAACACCCAGAACUUCAGUCCCUUAGAAAACAUAUACAAUCUUGUUUUACUGAAAUAAGUUGUUUUUUAAUGCCACAUCCUGGUUUGAAAGUUGCUACAAAUCCCAAUUUUGAUGGCCGACUAUCAGAGAUUGAAACUGAAUUUAAAUUAAAUCUGCAAAUGCUAGUACCUAUGUUGUUAAACCCUGAUAAUUUGAUUCUAAAAGAAAUAAGUGGACAAAAAGUAAAGUCUAAGGAAUUAGUACAGUACUUCAAAUCCUAUAUAAAUUUAUUUACAGGAGAUGAAUUACCUGAACCUAAAUCAAUGCUUGUUGCUACAGCUGAAGCCAACAAUUUAUCUGCUGUAGCUUCAGCUCGAGAAUUGUACCAUCAAAUGAUGGAAAGUGUUUGUGGUGGUAACAAACCUUAUUUAAAUACAAACUCUCUUGAUGAUGAGCAUUUCAAAAACAAAGAAUUAGCGUUGGAACAGUUCAUGUUUAAAAGAAAAAUGGGCGGUGAUGAAUUUUCAGAAUCUUAUAAAACUAAAUUAGAAACUGAUAUUGAUGAAGAAUAUUUACAAUUUAAAUCUCAUAAUGAAAGUAAAAAUAUAUUCAAAUCAGCCCGUACACCUGCUGUGUUCUUUGCCAUUGCUGUUAUCUGUUACUUUAUAUCUGGCAUAUUUAACUUUUUGGGUGUAUAUUCAGUUGCUAGUUGUAUUAAUUUGAUUAUGGGAAUUACAUUACUUAUUCUCAUACUCUGGGCUUAUAUUAGAUACAGUGGUGAAUACACAGAAAUUGGUCAAACUAUUGAUGAUGUAGCUAAUAUUACUUGGGAUAAUUUUAUGAAACCAAGUUAUGAAGUAUUCCUUCAAAAAGGACUUGAACAAGCUACAAGUCAAGCUAUCAAUAUGGCAGUAAAGAACACUACCUCUAUAGUAUCAAAUUCCACAAUACCACAAUCACCAUAUAUUCAAAAACCAUUAAUGCAGAGGAUGAAUUCUCGUGAAGUUAACGGCAGGUCAAAACAAUCAUGAUACAAAUAUUAUUUUUGGCUCUGUUGAUAGUUGCUAUAUACAAUGUUAGCCUUAUGACGGCUCAUAUACAUAAAAAUUCUGUGAUCAUUUUUUUCCUCUAAAUAGUUAAUGAUUUUGUGUAAUUAUUAUUACCAUAAUAUUCAAUGUUAAUUUGUAUUAAUUAUAUUUAUUGUGUUGAA